CGCGAAAUAAAGCGUAUGUUUUUAAGCGAGUUCAUGAGGUAGAACGCGAACGAAAAACGCCACCAUUUCCUUGUACCCAAAUUUUGUAUCUUUUUUCUCUCUCCCUGAUUUACGAGUCAACCUUCGAAGGUCAAUUACAGAAGGGUUUUCAUGUUUAACUUUCAUUUAGUUCUGGAAAACGGGUUGGAUUGACAGACCGCUUGGCGAAAACUGAGAGGGAUUAAAUUGUAGCAUUAGACCGUGUCGUAAGCUGUAUGAUCCUUGUUUGUAAACUGAUUACCUACGGGUGAUGACCAAAAUUACAUAUGCGAAGGUCACCUUGCAACUCGGAUAUUGAUUCUUUUUGGUUGUCAUUGACAAACUAAAAAAUCUCUGCAGUUUUAUUGAGAUGGUAGCCGAAGAGUGUUGUUUAAUAUACCGCUGUCUGAAUCGUUGGCAGAGAUUCGUCCGAAAGAAAAAAAACGUUGCCUAUAAAUUUGGAGAAUAAAAGAAUGCAUAAUUGCAAAAUAUUUUAUGAGAAAAACAUGCAAGGAUUUAUGUUCUGUUACCCAAGAAUGAAAACUGUCAAAGGACAAUGCAAAUCGACUUCAAGGCUGACCACUGACUCUUCAUGGAUACUUGACUAAUUUGCCUCUAAAAAAAUGAACUCCUUUGCUGUCAGAAUAUUGGUGUUGCUGGCGAUUUCUUCGCUGUCGAUUGGCCAUGUUCUACUCUCCAAGCCACCCAUCGAAGUCUCAUCUUUUAUGAACGACACCGAUGAAGACCUGAAGAAAUUCCAAUAUUUCCAUUCGAAUCAAAAUUUGAGACAAAAUUUAAACUGCAGCGGAUACACUGUUGAACACAAUUACACUUUGUUGGAAAAUGGUAGCUUACAUCAUCCGGAAUUUGGCAUAAUCCAAGAUACUAAUAGAUAUAUCUUGGAAAAUGGUACUUUGUACUUAUGUUCAACAGAAUCUUCAACAGAAGGUGAUAAAGACGCGAUACCUGACUUAAGCGACGAAUUUUUAGCUUGUGGUAAAGUUUUAAUCGACCCAGACGAGUAUAAAGUACUGGAAAACGGAGACAUUCACAUUGAACUGUAUUCCCUCACUUAUGGACGUAGAGAUUACUAUAAGGUUGAUAAUGGAGUCUACAUCUGUAUUCCACAGUUUGACGAGAUGAAGCAAAAUAGAAGCCUCAACGAAACAUACAAUAAGAACUUGAACAAAUUCUCAGAUACUUUCACCUAUGUGACAAUUAUUGGACUUCUGAUUUCCAUUUUAAGCCUGCUGUCACACUUAAUCGUUUUCUGUGAGGUUUCUUCAGUUCGAAACUUGCCAGGCUAUUGCUUGGCAUCUCUCAGUUUAUCUCUAUUGAUGGCCUACACUUGUUUUUUAAUCGUAGCUUUGGUGAAUACAGGACGCAAUUGUCCUGCAUUAGGCAUUUGUAUAUACUAUUUUUUCUUGACUUCAUUUUUCUGGAUGAAUGCGAUAGCCUUUGAUGUUUGGCGAUCAUUUCGAGUUGUCAUGAGGGAACUUAGAAUAUCUAGUCACAGAUUCCCGUGGAGAAGAUUCUUAUUAUAUUCGUUGUACAGUUGGACAAUACCAGCUAUCUUGACUAUUCUAGUGAGAGUCUUCGAUUCAACAGAGCUGCUGUCCAAAGAUUAUAGGCCAUCUUUUGGAGACGAAUUUUGCUGGUUUGGACAACGCAGAGCUUUGAUGGUCUUUUUCGCUGUGCCAUUGAUUGUUGUCAUGAUUUUAAACGCUGUGUUCUUCUUGGAUGUCACUUAUGUCAUCAGUCGCGCUACAUUAAAAACGAGUCGAACCCAUGAAGCUACAUUAAAGAAAAGAUUCUUCAUGUUUAUGAAACUUGCUCUUAUCAUGGGCCUUACUUGGAUCGUUGGUCUCGUAGCUGGUUAUGCAGAUAAUGAAUUUGUGUGGUAUUUGUUUAUAAUAUUCAACACUCUCCAAGGACUAUUUAUAUUUGUGGUAUUCUCUUGCAGCUCUAAAGUGCGAGGUUUGUUUUGCAAGAAGUACAGAAAUCACAAUCUUAAGAGAGGAAGCACCUCAGUAAGAACUAUUUCGCAAAUAUCUGCAAACGUUUAAAUUCUUUUAGGUCUUUAUAGUGCCCAAGUUGUAAAAUAUGUAGUUUUAAGCAAACCUUCAAGGCAUUUUUCAUUCUAUAAUUCAUUGCAUUGUAUAUUUUUCUUCAUUUCAUGUGUAUAUGUUUUAAGAAUUAUGAAGAUACAUUUCUAUUGCAUGCCAAUUUUAAAAUGUUUUAUCAAAAUGUAUUCGCACAAUU